AUGAAUUAGAACUCUGGUUAAUAUUUUAAACUAUCUAAACUAACUAAUAUCAUGAUGGAAUGUGGAUAAAUUGAUUAUUAUCUAAGAAAGCAUGAAAAUCGAAUAGGAAUAAUUCAUGAAGGAUAGGAAUACAUUUUUUUAGAAUACUUAGAAGAUAACGAACUUUUGUUUGAUAGCAGUUUUGAACGCAUAUAAGAUGAAGAAGAAAAUGAAGGAGAUCCUAAUGUUGGGAGUAAUCAAUCAAGCAUUGGAUCUCCCAAAGAAUAAGAUUUAUUGUAUUGUUUUUGUGGUAAAGUUCUUUAUGGUUUUCUUUGCUAACAACGUGGUAAGAUUGUUUAAGUUGAUUUAAAAAAACAACAGGAGAAUACUUUCAAGAUAGGAUCUUAAUAUCUAUCAGCUAUCCAUCCUUAAAAGAAUACAGAUUUUUUAGUGCUUCUUUACGUUAACAGUAUAUUUGAAAUAAGAAACACUUAGACUUUAGAUGUAGUAAUCAAAUUAGUAUUGCCAUCCCUCCCAGAAAUAGAGGUUUUAUUAAUUUAAAAUUCAAUAAUAAUGUUAAGAUUUUAUUCAAACAUUCUACUUUAUUGCUAAGUAAGACCUUCCAAAAUUCAUUAAUUGUACAUUUUAAAUGGUAAAUCUUGUUAAAUUUACUCGAAACUUCUUAUCUUGAAAUAAAAAACAAAUCGAUUUAAAUUGUAUUUUAAUCUCUCGAAGCCUAAAUUGCUUCGUUAAGUCAAUUUAAUAUUCAAAAACAACUCAAAUUUUAAAUUUAUUGAAAAAGAAGGGUCGAUAUUUUUGAAAGAAAAAUUUUUGAAUUUUGCAAAGUUUUAUUAUUAUAAAUGGUGGGUUGGAAAUUUUCAACAUAGUGAUCUAAUUAAAAAAUAUUUUGACGGAUCUAUUACAUCAAGGGAAGCAAAACAGAAAAUCUAUAUAUUAGAAUAUAAAUCAACAACUAAUGAAAAUUAACUUGAGGAAGUUGCUGUAGAUUUUUUCUCACCUAAUUAUCCUGUUUACGAUAGAUAUGGAUUAACAUGA